UGCCCUGCCCGCCUGCCCGCCGGCCGCCGCUGCGCGCGCUGCCCGAGACCAUGAUCCUGGGCCGGCGCCGCCCCUGCCUGCUGCUGCUGCUGCCGCUGGGCCUGCUGCUGGGCUGCCGCCCGCUGCCCACGGGCGCGCAGCGGGUCAAGGUGCUCUUCACCCCCGCCAUCUGCCGCGUGCACUGCCGCGAGGGGCGCUGCAGCAACCGCUGCGAGCGGGGCAACGCCACCACCCUGUACAGCGGGGAGAACGCCCGGCCGGCCGAGGGGGCCCCCGGAUUCCGCGUCUUCCUGUGCCCCCUCAUCUGCCAAAAUGGGGGAGUCUGCCUCAAGAAAGACCAGUGUCUGUGCCCCCCCAACUGGACUGGCAAGUUCUGCCACAUCCCGGCUCUUCCUCGUUCCCACGGACAGGCCCCCGCCCGCCGAGGGACGGACGCCCGGUCGGAGGGGGGAAUGCAGCCCGCCACCAAGUCUGUCUACACCCUCCCCAUCGCCAACCACCACGAAGAGCGUCAUGGCGUGGCGUCGGUGGCAAACGUCUACGUGGAGCACCCGCCCGAGGCCUCCGUCGUCAUCCACCAGGUGGAACGGGUGACCGAGGACCCGCCGGGGGACGCCAACGCCCUCCCGCUCUCCCGCCCGGCCUUCCGCAGCGCCCUGGCCCAGAGCAGCGCGCGCGACCCGGCUGGCUACCACGUGGACUCCGGCUUCGGCUACUGCUUCAGGCAGCUCCGCGGCGAGGAGUGCAGUGCCCCCCUGCCUGGCCUGCGCACCCGUGAGAUCUGCUGCCGGGGGGCCGGCGUGGCCUGGGGUGUUCACGACUGUCAGCCCUGCGCCAACGGGGACGCCGAUGGCACUGGCCCGGUGGGAAGGAAUGAGGUGGCCUGCCCCAGGGGCUUCCAGCGUCAGAACGGCUCCUGCCUCGACGUGGAUGAGUGCCAGGAGGGCAGCUUCUGCCACAACGGAGACUGCACCAAUACGCGGGGCAGCUUCGCCUGCGUGUGCCACGAGGGGUACAUCCUGGACUCAUCCCGCAGCAGCUGCAUCUCUCACCACGUGAUCUCAGAGGCCAAGGGCCCCUGCUUCCGCGUGCUGCGGGACGGUGGCUGCUCCCUGCCGAUCCUCCGCAACAUCACCAAGCAGAUCUGCUGCUGCAGCCGCGUGGGCAAGGGUUGGGGCCACGGCUGCGAGCGCUGCCCGCCCUUUGGCUCAGAUGGGUUCAAGGACAUCUGUCCCGCUGGCCCCGGGUACCACUACUCAGCCUCGGACCUGCGCUACGACACGCGCUUCCUUGGCCAGGACCUGCCCCGGGUGCCGCUCAGCCGCCAACCAGGAGGACGGGAGCCUGCAGCCAGGCCACCUCAGAUGACAGCAGCACCUGCCCUCCUUCGCUGGACCCUGGCGCCCACUGUCCCGCCUGACCGUCGUCCUCCCUGGCACCUGCCCACCCAGCCCAGCAGGGCGGAGCCGCCUGCCCCAGAGACGGAGCAGGGCGUGUGCGAGCAGCGGCCCCAGGUGUGCGGGCCGGGACGCUGCAUCCCCCGCCAGGGCGGCUACACCUGCGUGUGCGAGCGCGGCUACUGGCUGAGCCCUCAGGGCACACACUGCGUGGAUGUGGACGAGUGCCGGCGGAGUCCGCGCCCGUGUGCGCACGGCCACUGCGAGAAUUCGGUGGGCAGCUUCAGCUGCAGGUGCCGGGCCGGCUACCAGGCCGACCCCUCGGGAGCCGAGUGCCGGGACAUCGACGAGUGUGCCAAGUCCCCACCGCCGUGCGCCCAGGGGCGCUGCCAUAACACGCCCGGCUCCUUCCGCUGCUCUUGCCCCGGCGGCUACCACCUUGACCCCGCUGGCUUCGAAUGCCAGGAUGUGGACGAGUGCCAGGAGAGCCCUUCCAUCUGCCAGCCUGGCCGUUGCGAGAACGUGGCUGGCGGGUAUCGCUGCACCUGCCCAAUCGGCUACCAGCCCAGCCCGCCGGGGACCCAGUGCGUAGACGUGGACGAGUGUCAGCAGAGCCCCCCGCCCUGUGGCUCUGGGCGCUGCGAGAACGCGCCCGGCGGGUACCGCUGCCUCUGUCCGGCCGGAUUCCGCGCCAGCCUCACGGAGAACCAGUGCCUUGACGUCGAUGAGUGCUCGGCGGGGGCGCCCUGCGGCCCUCGGGGCCACUGCGUCAACACGGAGGGCUCGUUCCGCUGCCAGUGUGGCCAGGGCUACCGGGCAGACGGCACCGGGGCCUCCUGCGUGGACAUCAACGAGUGCCUGGAAGGCGACUUCUGCUUCCCACGGGGCGAGUGCCUCAACACCGACGGGUCCUACACAUGCCUGUGUGCCCAGGGCUUCGCCACCGCACCCAGCGGGGCCUCCUGUGUGGACAUCGACGAGUGCCAGGGCAGCGCGGUCUGUGCCGGCGGGCACUGUGCCAACACGGAGGGCUCCUUCGAUUGCUACUGCCCGCCUGGCACCCGCAGCAGUGCCAACAAGGCCUCCUGUGAGGAUAUCGACGAGUGCCAGGAGUAUGGGGCAGCCCUCUGCGGGACGCGGCGCUGCGAGAACUCGGCCGGCUCCUACCACUGCGUGGCGGAGUGCCAGGAGGGCUACCAGGCCGGCAGCAACGGGCAGUGCGCCGACAUCAAUGAAUGCCAGGAGUACGGGACCGGCCUGUGCGGGGAGAAGCGCUGCGAGAACACGCCGGGCUCCUAUCGCUGUGUGGCCGUCUGCCGGGCCGGGUACCAGGCCACUGGCACUGGGGACUGCCUGGACGUGGACGAGUGCGGGAACAGCUCUCUGUGUGGGGCCCACGCCACCUGCCACAACCUGCCGGGCUCCUUCCAGUGCAUCUGUGACCAGGGCUACGAGAGCACCAGGGACGGGCAGCUCUGCCUGGACGUCAACGAGUGCGAGACCCUGCAGGGGGUGUGUGGCGCGGCCCCCUGCGAGAACGUGGAGGGCUCCUUCCUCUGCAUCUGCCCUCGAGCUGGCGAAGAAUUCGACCCAAUGACGGGGCGCUGCGUUUCUCUGCCGGGCGCUGCGCACGCCCCAGUCUUCCCCAGACGUCCAGAGGUGUCGCGGCCGGAGCCCCCCACGGCCGGAGCCGACGGCGGCCUGCGCCGCGAGUGCUACUACGACCCCAGUGCCGCGCAGGCCUGUGAGAACGUCCUGGCGUGGAACGCCACGUGGCAGGAAUGCUGCUGCAGCCUCGGCCACGGUUGGGGCACCGACUGCCGCAUCCAGCCGUGCCCCUCCCGGGAGACAGCCGAGCACCGGUCCCUGUGCCCCCACGGCAAUGGCUACGCUGCUGCAUCUGCUGGCCCCGGAGGCGCCUUGGCCUUCGCAGACGUGGACGAGUGCGCCCUCUUCAGCUCCCAGGUGUGCAGAGGCGGCGUCUGCGUGAACAAGAUUCCCGGCUACUCCUGCUACUGCCCCAACGGCUACUACUACGAGACGCAGCACCUGGAGUGCAUCGAUAACGACGAGUGCCUGGACGAGGAGGCGGAGCCCUGCGUGGGGGGGCGCUGCGUCAACACCCUCGGCUCCUACCACUGCGAGUGCGCUGCCCCGCUGGUGCUGGACGGCUCGCGGCGCCGCUGCGUGGCCAACAGCAGCCAGGGCUCCGGCGACCACCUGUCUGUGUGCUGGCAGGAGGUGGGCCCGGACCUGGUGUGCAGCCACCCCCGCCUGGACCGCCAGCUCACCUACACCGAGUGCUGCUGCCUCUAUGGGGAAGCGUGGAGCAUGGAGUGCGCCCUGUGCCCGGCCCGCGACUCCGAUGACUUUGAGGCACUGUGCAACGUCUUGCGCCCCCCCAGCUAUGGGCCGGUGCACCCAGGAAGUGUGGGGCUGCCCUUUGAGUAUGGCGGCGGUGGCGGCUUCCUGCCCUACAGCCCAGAGAUAUUUGCCCCAGCCCCUCGGCCGGACCCCCGGCUUCCUGACUUCGGUCCUUUUCCCCGUGACUCCCUCUACGGCCUGCCACCCUACGAAGCCCCCGACUUUGAAGAGCUGCCCUACAGGGAUACGCUGCAGCAGAGCCCCGCAGAACCCCCCCGGGGCAGCUACCGGCCACGCAGCCCCCCCGAAGUGGAGUGGCAGUACCCCUUGCACGACCGCGAGAGCACCUACCCCGAGCGGCCGGGCAGGGCCAGUGAGGGCUACAGCCGCUUGGAGGGCUUCGGGGGGCUCCAAGCCGAAGAGUGCGGGAUCCUGAGUGGCUGCGAGAAUGGGCACUGUGUCCGGGUGGGCGACGGCUUCACCUGCGACUGCCACGAGGGCUACCGCCUGGACCCGACCCGCAUGGCCUGCCUUGAUGUCGACGAGUGCAGUGAGAUGGAGGGCGUCUGCCCGGGCGGCCGCUGCCUCAACAUGGACGGCUCCUACCGCUGCCUGUGCCCCCGCGGCACGGUGCCCGUCGGGCAGCCGCCCCGCUGCGUCCCUGCCCCUCGCAGGCCAGCCUGAGCUGGGGCAGAAGUAUUUAUUGCCUGUAUAGACUGGGGACGGGGAGGGGCUUUGGGAGCGGAGGGACACGUGGGCCACCCCCAGGCCCACGGGAAGACUGCCCAGGAGCCGGCCGUGACCAGGGGGUGCCCUUGGUCCGGGGGGGGAGGUUCCACCCAGCUUUACCCCACUUCAUGCAGACAACUGGGGAGGCCUGCAGAGGAGCCAGUGCCCCGGGCAUGUGGCCUGUGGAAGGGAAGCGCCAAGUGGGGCUGAACCUUGUGUCCGUCGCCCACCUGGCUGAGCUGCCCCCCGCCCACACGGGAGGCACCGACGGACCGUGUGGGGCCCUCCCCACCCUCCUGCAGUGGGGAGACCUUUUGCGGUGGGGGUGGGGAGUUUCUGGGUGGCUUGCUUUGGGUCAGCGAGGAACUGUGGGGGGCGACCACUGUGCCAAGGGGAGGGGGAGUCUCCAAAGAGACCCUGUGGGUUCCUGGUGCCUACGUGCCCCCCACCCCUGGGCAACACCUCUCCUUCCAUCUCGCCACGGCUCCUCCAGUGCAGGCACUGCCCAGAAGCUGCUCUCUGGCCUUCUGGAGACGCAAGGCUGGCCCCGGCCGGGGGGCCUUGCUGGGCUCUCCUGGGAGGCGCUGCUGGCCCUGCCACGCCCUGCGUCUUCAGGGCUCUGCAUCUCCUCGGGGGACGCCUGCCUCCUCUGAGGGGGCCUUGGGCUGAGGAGAGUCGGCAAAAGGGCGGCGGCGGUGGCAUGUGUCCCCUGCCUAGGUGAGGACGCUGUUCCAGGGUGCAGGGGAGCAGCCGGCCUCCCGCCUGGCCCCCCCCCUCUGCCUGGACUGCUCCACCAGAGCCCUCGGCCAGCUCCACCACAGGACCGUGGGCUCCUCGGAAAGAUGUGGGCAUUUCAAGGGUGGCAGCCCCCCGGGGGUGGAGAACCGGUGCAGGAACCCGGCCGGGAUGCUGUGCCCACCUCCGAGCACCAGGACGAGAGAAGCGGCCUCUCGCCUCUCCUGCACUGCAGCCCCUCUCGACUCCAGCAGCUAUUCGGUCCUUGCGCGGCCACCCACCCCCCUCCCCGCACCCCAGCCGCACGCUUCCCGAAGGCACCGGUCUGCCCCUGGUCGCCUCUCUAGGCCCGAGGGGGUGGGGGGCUCACUGCAUCCCCAACACGCUCACUGCUGUUACUGGACCAAUAAACAUUUUGUAUAAAA